GUUUACCGUAUCGUAGCAACAACCAGGUGCGCAAAAACGCCACCUAGUAGAGAAACAGAGCAAGUAUAAACAAACGGCUUGUGUCUCUUAUGUUCUUUGUCGUAGACUCGUCAAGCCAUGUCUUCUGAGCUGCCGAAGCCCCACUAUUCCACCCCAUCCAACAACUAUCUGUCCGGGGACUGGAAGUCUCACGUGUGGAUGGGCCAACAGUACUACGUCCCCUCGGAGCGAGACUGGAUCAAGUACCACGACUAUCGCUCCUUGCCCCGGGAAACGCGGAGAGACGCUAUAGACAUGCAGUCAGAAGACCAGUGGGUGGCCUUUACACGCCAGAGGGACACGCCUGGAGGCUACUACCACAAGGACGUCGGCUUGAAGCAGUCCGGUGUUCCUGCUCUCAGACUGUCAGGCUAUACACGCAAUCUCCCCUCCAUGCCACACAGGGACAUCUUCCAAAACCCCUGGCCCAAAGCUGACCAGUGGGUGCCCCCUGCACGUGCAGGGAGAGGCGAUUAUUACGGAUACUACCACGAGGCCAUCGAAACUGAGCGAGAGCGCCGGAAGAAGGAAUACCCGACGAGCAUGCGCAUUGAGCCCAGAGAUGUCCCGAAACUGUUGUAGAAGAUUCAGGAAGACCUAUGUAUUCCUUACUGUGAAAAUUACCAGAUAUGGAGAGAUAGAAUAUUAUACCACUUGUUGCUAAGCCCAUUCUGGGAAGUAACUAAAUUCUUUGUAUGUGCUUGUUGCAAUCGGAUAAUAUCCCCAAAAAUGAACGUUUGAAGGAUGAUAAAUAUAACAUAUGUGUUUGAGUUUUAUUGAACAUGUAUCAUCUCUUGUAUGACAUUCGUACAUGACGCCAACGCAUAAUUGCAAAUUAUUCAUUUUAAAAACUCACUGAAAACGAUAUAUUCAGACAUUUUUGUGUGAUUUUAAGUGUUCAAAAUGUGCAUGCUAGAGAAUAUAAUUACACAUACCUUAAUUGGUUUUAUUUUCUUGAAUUAAUCAUCAUCAACCCAGUUUGGCGUGAGAAUGAAACUGAUGUAAAAGAUUCAGGAAGACCUCGAUCAGAUCCGUUACUACGACAAUUACUAGAUAUGGAGAGAUGUAAUAUUAUUCCACAUGUUGCAAAGUCCAUUCUGGGAAGUCACUUAUUUCUUUGUCUAUGCUCCUGUUUGCAAUCUUAUGUUCCGAAAACAUGAACGUUUGAGAAUAUAUAUUACUUUUGCGUGUGAGUUAUAUUGAACAUGUAUAAUAUUUUGUAAUGCAUUUGUUCAAAUAUUU